AGUUCAAGCAGUUCGCUGCAAGGUGUAUAGUUUUGUGACACUCCUUAUAGAAAAAAAAAGUUGGCGAACAAAUUAACCACAGCGUACAUUUCGAGUGUUGUGGGUCAUGUGUACUUUCUACAAAUAACCGUUUUUUGCUUUCUGACUUCAGUGAAAUGGUCUAAAGAUGGCAGCCAAAAGAGCCAAGUCACUACGUCGCAUGGGAAGUCUCGCACGGAGCAAAUCCGAGGGCACCCUAAUUGAUCUGGAUGAUGAUGGGCCUCUUAGCAACAAUUUGAGUGGCAGCUAUGUUGUAUGGCAGGAGACAAAUCACUCUGAUUGGCCAAUAUUACAGCCUGAAGUCCAGCCCAUGUCCCAAACCAGAAAUCCAUUCUGGAAUGGUUUAUCUGAUUCAAACCCAUUCUUAGAUGACAUUGUACAAACUGAAGCAAAUGCCACAAACAGAAAUGUCUCAAUAUUGAAAGAGGAUCCCUUGGCCAUUUUCGGUGAUAAAAAUGCUGAGGCCAUCAGUGUGUUGUCAGAUCAAGCAAACUUUGGGCAGCUUUUGAAUUCUAAGCGGAAGAGCAUGAGGAGGUCUGGGAGAUGGAAGAGCACUUCAGACAUUCUAGAGGUUCUUGAGAAGGAUCCGAAGAAGGAGAAUGGCCUCAAUUCUUCAAGUAAAUUUUUGAACCCUGAUUUUGAAUGGCUGAAGAAUGACAAAGAGGCCUACAAGAUGGCAUGGCUGAGUCAUAGGCAGCUAACAAGGUCAUGCCUCGACCUGGGCAUGAUAAGUCAAAGCCCAGGCUGGGCCCAGACUCAGGCCUCUGAGACUCAAGUAUCUUGUAAAAUUGGGCAAAAUGGUGGGUCUUUACAGUUACCUGAUUCCAGCAUUAGUGCGCAUAUUCCAGAAGGCCAUGUUGUCUCAGGAGAAGUUCAAGAAAUUACACUGAAAACAAUUCUUGACCCACCACCUGGACUCAAUAGCAACAUCUUGACAACCGUGAGUCCACUCCUGGAAAUGAGCCUCAGCAACCUCAACACAAUGGAAUGCAUUUCACUGGAGAUGAAAAUUGCUGGGGAGAUCAAGAAAGACCCUUUAAGCCAGGUCAUGACCACAUUUGUGUGCUUGGUCUCCCACAAGAGAGAGGGACCAUUUCAGAAGUUAAAGAACUGUUACGUUUAUAAGAACAUGUUACAAAUAAAGCUGGAGGAUUUGAAAUCACGCUUGUACAUUAUUGCCGCUGCGCAGGCCACAAUUCUCCAGCCACCUGCAACUUCAGUUUGGGACUACAUGGAGCGUCUAAUUACUGUGGGGGUUUAUGGACCAAAGCAUAUCCACCCGUCUUUCAAAGCCAUCUGUGUCAUUUUUUGUCACAAUGAAAUUCCACUCAAACUUCCGUUCUCUGAUAUCAAAAGGGGUAGUAAGAAUUUGCCACCACUUGUACUUCAGCUUUGGGGUAAACAUGAGUUCACUCUUAAUGGCCUGAAAGAUCUGAAAGUUGUUAUUGCCCCAGAAGAUACAAAGUUUGAGAUCAAAGCUGCUGAUCAGAUUAAAGACGUCAGUCAAGAUCACCUCAGAACUGGCCAGGUUCUCCGUUUGCCAUUUGAGUUGUCUAAAGCCAACAAUGGGGAGAUGGUAGCCUUUAAACUGGGGGUGAAUGUGAAAGAUUCAGAUGGUUUCCGGUUGGCACAUUUCCAUAUACUGUCCCCAGAGGCGACUCCACGAAGGUCUGAAAAGCUUGCUCACAAACGACUGGAUAAGCGGAGCGAGGCUCCACGAUCCACAUCCAUCCCAGAGGAAUCAGCGCAACAAUUCCCCAAAUUUAAGGACAGGUCUGUGAAUGUACAGUGGUACGGGGUAGCGCUGAAAGCAGUAUUCCGUCAGCCGAGAGUGGAAUACCUCUUGGAGUACUUCAAGGGGGACACGGUUGCUCUCCUCUCCCGAGAGAUGGUACGGUCACUGGGACAAUCCAAAGUCAAGGAGUGGUACAUUGGCUUUCUGCGAGGGAGGGUGGGCCUUGUCCACUCCAAGAAUGUCAAGAUUAUCACCCGGGACCAGGUGAUUGAUUUCUCUGACGUGACGGUCACCACCCAGGCACUCCUGGAUAACAUCACCCUGCCUUUCAAGAAGCUGACAUACAUGUACUCAGGUAUCCAGACCCUGAUCACUGAGCACAUAUCCAGCUGGAGGGGCUUUGCUGAGGCCCUUGGGUAUUCCAACCUGUCGCUAGAAGAGAUUACUUGGAAGCGUGCAGAGACGGUGGCUGAGAAGGUGGCUUGUGUGCUGGAGAAACUCAAAGAAGACUGCCAUACAGAGAAACGCAGGAAGUUCCAACACGAGCUGCUCACUGGACUAUUGAAGAUGGAUUGUCAAGACCUUGCGGCACGUAUCACUCAAAGCACAGUUAUCCUUUCUGCUGCUGUGGAGCUGGGGUAUCGGUGGAGGGAGCUUGCUGAGCGCUUGGGGAAACUGUCCAGCGAUCAGAUUGCUGGCUAUGAGGCUCCACACCGAAGCAAAAAUGGAGAAGUCAGCCCCCAGUCGAUGUGGAAGCCUGCAUAUGACUUCCUGUACACAUGGAGCUUACGCUAUGGGGAGAGCUACAGGGAUAUGAUCCAGGACCUCCACCUGGCUUUAGACAAGAUGAAGACCCCUGUGACAAGGCAUUGGAGGCAGAUUACAGGUGCUCUCAUCACAGUGAACUGCAUGGAGAUCCUCCAUGUCUCUGCCUUCCCAAAUCAAUGAGACAACUUUGGAAUGUCUCAAUUACCCACUCUUCCCUGACUCAGGGAGAUCCUUGGGUCUUUGAUCUACGCAAGUUGUGAGAGAUCCAUGGGGAAUCCUGAGUCUGGGUGCAUGUUGCAUUUGUGCCACUCUCCCAUAUAGCCUUUUUUGUUCACAAGGUCAGUUUUUAAAGUGUGUGUAUGCAUGUGUGUUCAAAUGGAGCUAUGUUAUGGUUCAUAUAUUGCUGAAACAGUGGCAUAGAUGUGACUGUUUUAUUUUUCUUUAUUUUUUUUUUAUAUAUUCCUUAAUAUUGGGCUAUAUUUUCAUUUGGAAAUCUUUGUAUUAUCGUUUCAGUUUAGAUUUUUUUUUAAGAUGUGUAUUGAUCCUGAAAACUUUGGGGAUCAUGUUAUAUUUAUAUUAUAGCAUUUCUAAACAAGCAACAAGCAAACUGCCCGAGUGCUCAGCUUGAUUGGAGAGCAGCAUGGUUGGCCUGGUCACUGUGAAUAUGAUAAAAAUCAUCCAGGAAACCAAUUGCACAAUCAGAAAAAUUACUUCAGUAACCAUUGUUUUCAGUAGGAAAACAUUGCUGUUUUGGGGACAUAUCUUCUCACAAGUUUAGGAAAUAUGAGAACCUUUAAUUACUGAUCUAAUGUAAGACAUUCAGCCAUCCUGACAGUUGCUCAUGUCCGUGAAUAUACCUGCCUGUCACUAGAGAGUUGAAUGAACUUGUAGCUGUCUACUGUAACCAAAAAGCGUGAGGAAGUAAAUUACAUAAAUGUAAAUGUAAAUUACAUGAAUUGUGUUUUGAGCAAAUGGCUUCAUGGUCAUUAUGAUGUGUUUUUUUACUGUUACUGAAACAGCAUUGAGUAGAGUAUUUACACAAAAAAUUGAUAGACUGUAAAAAGGUGAUGCCAUCCUGGCAAAUAAUAACAAUGUAUUCAAAACAAACACUUGGCAUUAAAUAUCUUCAGUUGUAUUUUAAACAAAGAUCGUGAAAGUAUCUUUUUAUACAGUAAUUACAAACUGAAGAAGUCUUUCAUUGUUGCUGCCUAUCGUGUGUUCACUUUAAAUGGAUAAAUCAUUUCUAAGCUACAUUUAUCAUGUUAUGGCAUUUGCCAUUUGAAUUGCUUGACUUUUUUACUGAAAUUUGUGUGAUGAUAAAUGCUGCUGUUCCUUAACAUGUGCCUUACCAUGGGUUUCUAAACCAAAGCCUCUUGUCACACCGUAGAAAUAAAUUGUUAUAGAAAUGUUCAAACUCUGCUACUGAAAAAUGUCCUGUCUAUAAAAGUGCCAUAGACAGAGAUUUAGCUUAGUCCUAGAAGUUUAGUCUAUGACUAAACUUAAUCUGUGUCCAUGAAGCAGGUCCUAAGUGGUUUUCUUUUGAUUUUGUCAUUUGGGUAAACGUUUAAUAGUUUUAUGCUUGUAUUUGGAAAAAUAAGACUCUUCUGGCUACAGCUGUAUCUUGUCCAGUGCUCAUAGUUUGAGUUACAGCAUAUGCAAAACCUUUUGUUGCAAGAAAUCUGUUCUUGAUGUGAAUACAAACCUAGAAAAUAACUCAUGUUCAUGCAGAUCCCUUUUUCUCAUCUUGGCACAUGCAUUAGCUGUAUUUGGGACACCUUAUAACUUGCAUUUUGUAUUUUAUCCAUUCAUAAAUUGGAUAUUCCUGAAGUUACCUUGCUCAAGGUGAAAUUGCAGUUCCAUAGCUUGGCAUGGAUGUACACUAAUAGAGUAUGUAUAUGAAUGUCUCACUGAUUAUAUGUCCAGUUAUGCAGUUACAGAGAUCGACAUUAUAUUUGUUUAAGUACACUGUAAAUACAUUUCUAUAAUGACAUGUUUAUCUUACAGUAUGUUGUAUACAAAUGAUAAAAUUGGACAAAAGUUACAAAAAAGUAGUAUGGUCAUAGUGGAUCUUGAUUAUCUACAUUUAUCAUGAAAUAAAUCCUGGUGUUCUAAA